AUGUAUGGGAUUGAACGGUUGAAGAAAUUACGAGCCACAGUGUUUGAGGGUUCCACGGAUCCAGCUGACGCCGAGGUCUGGUUAAAUAUGCUGGAGAAAUGCUUCGACGUAAUGAGUUGUCCUCAGGAGCGAAAAGUCAGAUUAGCCACAUUUCUGUUACAGAAAGAGGCCGAGGGAUGGUGGAAAUCCAUUAUAGUUAAGCGCAAUGAUGCAUGUACGUUAGAUUGGCAGACGUUCAGAGGCAUAUUUGAGGAAAAGUACUAUCCCACCACAUAUUGUGAGGCAAAGAGAGAUGAGUUUCUAGAGCUGAAACAAGGGUCACUUUCAAUGGUCGAGUACGAGAGGAAGUAUACCGAGCUUUCGCGGUAUGCUAAAGUGAUUGUGGCAUCUGAGAGUGACAGGUGUCGCAGGUUUGAGAGAGGGCUAUGUUUUGAGAUACGUACCCAGUGA